AACGCCAGAGGUGAAGUGGAGGUCAUGGUCAAUCUCGUCACCAGCCCUUGUGAUGUGCCAGGAAGACUGGUGCCAUUUGCCACUGAAAUAACAGAAAAGUUUCCGUCUGUCGUGUGUGUGGUACAAAACAUGAGCGGCGAGAAAGGGGGUCACGAUAUGGAUGAGGGCCGCGAACGUUUACUGGCCGGCUCGAAAAAGUACAUCGAGCAGGUGCUCGGUCGACUUGUUUUCCGUAUAUCUGCAAAUUCCUUUUUCCAAACCAAUCCAAUGCAAGCCCAACUUCUAUACAACGAAGUCCAGAAGGCGGCUAAACUGACUUCGGAUGAUACGGUGUUGGAUCUAUUUUGCGGGACAGGCACCAUCGGUCUUUCUCUUGCAGCAAGUUCGAAACACGUUGUGGGGAUUGAUAUUGUUGCUUCAGCUAUUGAAGAUGCUAAUGAGAAUGCCAUGGCGAACAACAUUGCAAACGUUACUUUCGAGCAGGGCAACUUGGACAAGGUGGAUGCCGUACUGAAGGGUGCAGGUAUACCGGACGCAAAUGUUGUCGUUGUGGAUCCCCCGCGGGCUGGGCUUCAUCCGGGUCUCUUGAAAUUCCUGGCACAAUGCCAGGCGAAACGAAUUGUUUAUGUGAGUUGUAACCCUGUCAGCCAAGUGCGCGACCUUGAACUGCUAGAAGAAAAGGCAGAAGGCAGAUUCCGAGUUUCAAGCAUACAACCUGUGGAUAUGUUUCCAAACACACCACAUGUCGAAAGCGUGGCAACACUUGAACGUGUCUGACAGAGAAUUACUGGAAUGAGAAUUUUGGCCUCAAGAAUGUGGUUCGACUCAACUGGCAGGUUUCAGACCCUUUCACUUCAUCGUUAUUGCAACGGCAUUAAGGACAAGCUAGAUACAAGGAACCGACGAUACGGCGAGAGAGCACACUCUCUCUAUGUACAGAGGUUGUCCUGUUGUAAUGGCCGCAUAUUGUGUUGCCUCCGCACAGGCGAAGGAUCUCAAACGCGAAAAAGAACUGAACAUCACUAUCCGCAGGACGUCGUCUACCAGAGCCACUUCGACAAGCUUGUGGUAGAUCUCGAUGGAUGUUGUUCUCGUUGUCUUCUUUUCCGCUUUUCUGGUCGAAGGCAGAAAAGGUUCAUGGAUCGAAACGGAAUCCCCGAAUGAUUGCCACCCAGAUUGGGGCGUAGUAGGCCUGUGUCUGAGUCUUGAGUAAGGGUUCUAUAGAGGUAGAAGCCAAAUUUGCGCAAGGCCACAUUCUGGAGGGCACCAUCGACGGGCGCUAUGAAACAUUUUCGAGAAGUGCUCAAAAAGUGGCUUGCUGUCCUGACGUCCGAGUCGUCGACGAUAUUGGAGCCCUUCGGGCGUGUUGUGGAUUUGACGAGAACCCAGACGCAGGUGAGAUUCAAGUAGUCGAGCAUCUCCAUAUCGGUCCUGACGAUAGAUUCGAAUGAUGAAAUGUUGAAGUAAUCUGCACACAAGACGACAAGCUUUGGAGACUGUCUUUGGACUCUCAUAAUAAGCUCCGGUCCGAUAGAAAACAUGGGACACUCGAUUAGUACGAUUCGAAAGAGUUUCCCAUUUAUAUACAGGGUAGAUUUGGAUCUGGAAGCGAUAUCAGCCCCAUCGACAGGAGGGAAUGUAGCGAGGAGGCGUUGUGCUAAAGGCAUCAAGAUUUUUCUGGAAUGUCCGAUGAGCGCGAUAUUAUGUGGCACUCGACCUGUGAGAAUUGGAGAUGAAGUUUGUGCAGCUGGUCGUCGAGAGUUGGAAGCGUCUUGCGUAGAAGUGUUGGUCGCCGAAUGGGGGCGGGUGUGAGGGGGCGGGGAGAAGAGGCUGGGAUGUGCUGAUCCUGUUUGUCGAAUGUGUCGAAACGCGAUGUGGUGCUCUCUGGGGAGCGACCUGACGGAUGAUUGGGCCUGGGUAGCGACGCUAAUCGAUGACAUGGAGGUGGUCCGCGAGUGAAUAGACGCUGUGUCGUCAUCUCGCGGCCCGACAAGGGAAGGCAUGCUUCGGCGCGUGCGGAGGCUUCUCGGAAGUUCGGCAAGG